AUGUCUUCUGAUCUUGAAUCGGUCUUCGCCGAGUUGGGAUUGUCCCAAUAUCUCGGCGCCUUCGUUGAGCAAGGAUUUGAUGAGUGGGAUAUUAUCCUCGAUAUACAAGAGUCGGAUCUAGAUGCACUGGGCGUCAAGCUUGGCCACCGUAGGAAACUUCAAAGAAGAAUAGCCAAUGCGCGGGGUAUAUCCCCAUCAGCGUCUCUGGCGACCCCUGUAAGGCCAACAAGCGAAGAAGUCAAGUCUGAAAGCGUACAACCCGAGCCUAGUCGGACAGAAACACCUCCAGAGGGACAUGGUGUCGCGAAACGAAAAUAUCGACGUCACCCUAAGCCUGAUGAAAAUGCCCCUGAGCGGCCCCCCUCGGCUUAUGUGCUGUUCUCUAAUAAAAUUGCCAAGCUGGUAGGGGAAAACUGGCAAAAUCUGAAUGCCAGUGAAAAGGAAGCAUACGAGAGCCAAGCAAAUGCAGACAAGGAAAAAUACCACCGAGACUUGAUGGAGUAUAAGAAGACGGCCGACUACCGUAAAUACAUGCAAUAUCUGCACGAGUUCAAGGAGAAGCAAGCGAAACGAACUCAAGCUGAUUCUUCCAAGAGGACCAAACUGGACCCUGUUCGGCUGCGCCAUAGCAGCAGUAGCAGCACCACCAUGACGCCCGGCAACACGUCAAGUGGAAGUGGAAGUGAAAGGUUACAAGGGAGCGAGCCACCGCCUUGUUAUCGGGAAAGGUUGAAUUCGAUCGCAUCGGUAGCUGAGUCACAGCAUUCGUCGACAACACCAACACUCCUAUCGCAAGCAAACUCGAAUGACGACACCAUGUCGUCUCCCCGGGGCAACCAUUUCGAUGCCGGCAGUCCUCGAGAGCCUAUCCAUCAAACUUCCACGCGUCAGCAGUCUUGGCGAGAUAGUGGCCGUGGAGCGGAAACAUCUCAGCAACAACAUCUUCCGUCAUUGUCCAAUAUGCUUGAGGAUGGAAGGAAAGGUAUGCCCAUAUCGUCGGGCUCCGAAGGAAAUCCGUAUUCGAGUGGUUUCGUCGCUGCCAAUCAUCCAAGAUCAGUACCCGAGGUGCCAAACGUCCUCCCAUCGGCUCCGCCUAAAGUCCCACUCCUUCGACACGAACCGUCUUCAACCAGCAGCGUGGGAUCAAUUAGCCCAGCAGGAAGUUUUGCACGAACACCUGGCGAAGGUCCCCUUCCGAUUCACGCUCUGCUCUCCCACCACCAGACGCUGCCGACCCCAAUCGCUGCUGCCAACGCGGGGAUGUUCGAACGAAGUUCUUCUGUUUCUGGUUUCGGAACAACUCCCAGCCCGACGGACCCUGCACCGCUUGCGAGGCCAUCUUUUCGUCAUGGCGUAGUGCCCAAAGGAUAUGGUACUUGA